UCUUUGUGGGGCUGUUUUUGCAAAAGGCAUGCCCAGCACGUCUACAGUGCUGGCAGGCCAGGGCUGCCUUUAAACACCAUGAUAAUAAUACCAAAAAGCAGUUUGCACGAGUGCUCCACUGUAGCCGCUUCCUCUGCAGAAGCAAGCAAGAUGGCUACCUCGUGGGCUUCGCUGUGAAGAAUGCAGAGGCUAAUUAAGACAGACUUUAAGGGGAAAAAAGGGUUAUAAAGGAAAACAAGAGGCCCCAGAGGGAAAAGAAGCCCAAAGUUUUAAAGGUAAUCAGCUUCAAUGGCCCUCAGUCAGAAUCCAUGGAAUACGGUAGAUGUGGUCAUGGGGAAGAAAAAAGAUUGAAAUUGAAUCCUCCAAAUCCCAUUGAAAAUGUAACUAACAAUGUAGAAAGCCUAACAGAUAUUGAAGUGGAGAGGUGGCCACAAAGCAAGAAAUCUCGCUUAAAUGAUCGUGUUAAUGGCCAUUUUGUUGGUGUGACAAAUGCUGAAAAAUCAAAAAGCUCUGAAGAUGAGAAGAAACCAACCAUACCUCCAAAAUCAUUUGCACAAACCUUAAAAAAUAAUGGCAUUAAAAAUGUACAGUACCUACCUACUGAAACAAACCCAUCCUUUAAAAAAUUCAAUAUUGAAAAUUUGGGCAAGGCAUUUGAAAAUAGUUCGUAUAAAUUCCUGAAAGAUUCCACAAGCCACAAUAAUGCCAUGAACUCCAUUGCUUUUGGUGCAAGUUGUGAUCAUCUCAAGGGGAAAAGUAAUGUGUUUGUCUUCCAGACCCCUGGCUCGACCCACUUGUCACUUUCAGAUUCUGCAAACUUGAAUUGUCUACACAAUGAAGGUGAUCAACCUGAAAAUCCUGAGAAUCCAUCAAAUCAAGAACUCAAAGAUGGCUCCCCAGUUCAACCAUGUUUUUUUUCCCUCAUAAAAGACAGGAGGUUAACAGUGGAGCAAGUGGUAGCCAUAGAGGCUCUGACUCAGCUUUCUGAAGCCCCAUCAGAGGAUUCCUCCCCAUCCAAGUCAGAGCAGGAUGAAGAAGCAGAUCAGAGAACAACUAGUUUGCUAAAUAGAUGUAAGGCUAUCCUCUACCCCGUAAGUAAAGACCUCCAAGACCCAAACUUCCAAGGAAGACCUCAGAGCUUCCCUGUUUGUGAACUUUUGGACAAGCAAAGCUCACGCAAUGUGGUACUGUUCAAUGGCCAAAAUACCCUUUCCAAGUCACACAUCAACUCAUCUCCAAACCAGACUACUACAAAGUUACCUGAACAUGCAAAACUCAGAAACCCAGUAUCUGAACUUAAUCACAAAUCAAGUACAUCAAAAAUCGACACCAGUAAAAGCAUUACUCGUGAUGAAAUUACUCCUGUUGAUUAUUCCAAAAAUUCGCUUCAGUUGCCAGCGGGAGUCAACAACUUGAGUUGUUAUAACCAGUUCCCAGAAGGCAGAAAAAAUCCUAGUUCAAAGGAUGAUCUAUCCUGUCAGGAUGUAUCCUAUAGUGAAAUUGAGGAAGAUGUUGCAACAGAGUUAGCCCAACUUGCAGGAAAAAUUAAAUGUAACCAUUUAAAUCCUGAGGACAAAAAAGUCGAAACUGUAGCCACAAGCCUUGAUGCUAAUAAUAUCCAGCAGAAAUGUAGUCAGAAGAGCCCAACACAGAAAUCCGAUUCAACUGUACAAAAUAAUCAUGGCUCUUCACUAACAAAGCAAAAGAAUGCAACCCAGAAAAAGCCGAAAUCCACCUCAUCCAGAGACCGACGGAAAAAGAAACCCAUAGUUGUGAACAGUCAAGAAAAUCAUGCAAAGAUGCAGGAACUGUUGUCCUACAAGUACAGCAUGUUCCAUGGCAUUUGGGUAGCGUGCAAGUUUCAAAGAUAUGGGCAGUUUGGUCCACGUGAUUUUCAUGUUCAAUUUGACAAAAUUACUUCUUUAUCCAAAUUUGCUAAGCCGCUGCCUCCAUCCAGUUCCAUACAACACAAGAACUUUCUUCCACUCAGCCAGAUAAAACUUGAGAGCUAUCCUGAAUUGACACAGGAAGAAAUGAAGAUUGAACCAUUGGAUUCUCCCUUCAUUAUUCCCAUCAAAACAGAAUCCAAUGGGCAGGUGCCAAGAGAAGGAACCUCCAAUUCUUGGGAACAGUCAGCAGUGAAUGUUAAUCAUAAAGCUCAUCUUGUUUCCCAGGCCUACUGUCCAGGUGACCUGCCUGGUAUCUUUCCAGAGAAAACCUCACCGAACCCAGAGAAUAUUCUCAGCAAUGUAAAUGUGGUGAAUUCAGGUAGAUUCACAGUGGUUACUCCUCAAAGAGAAGAGAAAGGCUGUGCAGCUGGUGUCGGAGCAUCAGAAUGUAACCAGGCAAAGCUUAAUGAGUAUACCAUGCAGUACAUGAGCAAACGUGCAAAAAGGCUGAUGGCUUCCUCGAAAGAUGCAGACAUCAUCCCACCCUGUAACUGUUUGGAUCGAGGUACACAAAAAGACAAAGGCCCAUAUUAUACACACCUUGGGGCAGGACCCAGUGUUGCUGCUAUCAGGGAAAUCAUGGAGAAUAGGUAUGGCAAAAAGGGAAAUGCGAUAAGGAUAGAACGAGUAGUAUACACAGGAAAAGAAGGGAAAAGCUCUCAAGGCUGUCCUGUGGCUAAGACAGUUUUGAGAAGAAGCAGCAAGGAGGAGAAAGUGCUCUGCUUGGUCCGGGAGCGUCCAGGCCACCACUGCGACACGGCGGUGAUUGUGGUGCUCAUCAUGAUCUGGGAGGGCAUUCCCCUCGCCAAGGCUGACAGAAUGUACGCAGAGAUUACUGGAGACCUGAGGGGGUACAACGGCCAUCCCACAGACCGGAGAUGCACUCUCAAUGAAAAUCGUACCUGUACCUGUCAAGGAAUUGACCCAGACACUUGUGGAGCUUCAUUCUCUUUUGGCUGCUCCUGGAGUAUGUAUUUCAAUGGUUGCAAAUUUGGGAGAAGCCCAAGCCCCAGACGAUUUAGAAUUGAACCCAAUUCGCCCAUGCACAACUACUAUGACAGAAUAACUAGAGGACAUAAACGACGAAGACGACGUGUAAAACAGAACCCAAUCUGUGCGGAACACAAGGCCAUGGAAAAAAACCUGGAAGAUAAUUUACAGGAACUGGCUACAGAUUUGGCUCCACUUUAUAAACAAUUUGCUCCUGAAGCUUACCAAAAUCAGGUGGAAAAUGAACACAUUGCCCGAGAAUGCCGUCUUGGGAACAAGGAAGGCCGUCCUUUCUCUGGGGUUACUGCUUGCCUAGACUUCUGUGCCCACGCGCACAGGGACAUUCACAACAUGAGCAAUGGAAGUACUGUGGUGUGUACUUUAACACGAGAAGAUAACCGCUCUCCUGAUGACAUUCCUGAGGACGAGCAGUUGCACGUCCUGCCCCUAUAUAAACUCGCCGAUGUCGAUGAAUUUGGCUCCAAGGAAGGGAUGGAGGAAAAGAUCAUGUCUGGAGCCAUCCAGAUCCUCCAGCCCUCCCGCAAACGAAAGACCCGCUUCACUCAGCCUGUUCCUCGGUGUGGGAAGAAGAGAGUUGCCAUGAUGUCUGAGGUCCUGGAACGGAAGGUUAGGGCUGUUGAGAAGAAGCCUGUUUCUCGGGGCAAGCAGAAAAAUAAGUUGGCAGCAGUCCCCAACGGAAAAGAGGCAAACCCAUCUCCAUUGUAUGCCUCGUCCCCAAAUACAACCUUGUCUGGAAGUGCAGAAAGAAGUAGUUUUCCCUCAGGCACAAUGCCUUCUGGAAGACACCAUGGUGCUGAUGCAGUUGCUGGUGAUUGCCCACAGCCUGACGAAGGGGCUCCAUCUCCCAUGGCACAGUCCUUGGUUCAGCCUGAGCCUCCCACCGCUCCUCCUGAGCAGUUAACCUCUAAUCACUCAAACCAGCAGUCCCCAUUGUUCACCUCUGCUCUUGGGGAGGAAUGUGAAGAGCUUUCAGAAGCAGAUGAGACUCUACCGGAUGACCAGUUAUCGGAUGACCCACAGUCAGCUGCCGAGGACCAGUCUGCCAACAUUGAAGAGUAUUGGUCAGACAACGAGUACAUCUUCUUAGAUCCCAACAUUGGUGGGGUGGCCAUAGCACCCACACAUGGCUCCAUUCUAAUUGAGUGUGCCCGGCGAGAGCUUCAUGCUACCACUGCUGUUAUCCUUCCCAACCGGAACAAGCCCGUACGCCUCUCCCUUGUAUUCUACCAGCACAAAAAUCUGAAUAGGCCGCAACAUGGUUUUGAGCAUAACAAGAUUAAGUUCGAGGCUAAAGAAGCGAAUAAAAAACCUAAGGACCCAGAAUGUACAGACCAGGCAGCUAAUGAAGGUGCUGUACUGUCCCCCGAGGUGAAUGAAUUAAACCAAAUUCCUUCUCACAAAGCAUUAACAUUAACCCACGAUAAUGUUAUAACGGUAUCCACUUAUGCUCUCACAUACGUUGCGGGGCCCUAUAACCAUUGGGCUUGAAGGCUUGUUUCCCAUUUUUAAUGUAUGUUUUCAAGGUGCUGUUAAAGAAAGUCAUG